CCUGAAGUUGGUGUCAAAGAACAUACUCUAGGACUAUUAGCUAGGCCGAGGGCCAGGAGGCGGGAAAGGGCUGUGUGGGUGGAGGGUCAGAGGUCAGAGGGCUGAGGAGGGGGAGGAGCGAGCCGGAGGCGGAUGGCGGCUCUUCAUCUCCGGCUGCACAGCCGCUGAAGCUGGGACGCGGGUCCGGCGCGUCCGGUGGAAGAAUCAGAGCGGCGGCCGCUCCCAACAUGCACAGCCUGGCGACGGCAGCGCCUGUGCCUACUGCACUGGCCCAAGUGGACAGAGAGAAGAUCUAUCAGUGGAUCAAUGAACUGUCCAGUCCUGAGACGAGGGAAAAUGCUUUGCUGGAGCUAAGCAAGAAGCGAGAAUCUGUCCCUGACCUUGCACCCAUGCUGUGGCAUUCAUUUGGUACUAUUGCAGCACUUUUACAGGAAAUUGUAAAUAUUUAUCCAUCUAUCAACCCUCCAACUUUGACAGCACAUCAGUCUAACAGAGUUUGCAAUGCUUUAGCAUUGCUGCAAUGUGUGGCCUCACACCCAGAGACCAGGUCUGCUUUUCUUGCAGCACACAUCCCACUUUUUCUGUACCCCUUUUUGCACACAGUCAGCAAAACUCGUCCCUUUGAAUAUCUUCGGCUCACCAGCCUUGGAGUUAUUGGGGCCUUGGUGAAAACAGACGAACAAGAAGUAAUCAACUUUUUAUUGACAACAGAAAUAAUCCCUUUGUGUUUGCGCAUUAUGGAAUCUGGAAGUGAACUUUCUAAAACGGUUGCCACAUUCAUCCUCCAGAAGAUCCUCUUAGAUGACACUGGUUUGGCUUAUAUAUGUCAGACAUAUGAGCGUUUUUCCCAUGUUGCCAUGAUCUUGGGUAAAAUGGUCCUGCAGCUAUCCAAAGAACCAUCUGCCCGUCUUCUGAAGCACGUAGUAAGAUGUUACCUUCGACUCUCAGAUAAUCCCAGGGCACGUGAAGCACUCAGGCAGUGCCUCCCUGACCAGCUGAAGGACACAACCUUUGCCCAGGUGCUAAAAGAUGACACCACCACGAAACGCUGGCUUGCACAACUGGUGAAGAACCUGCAAGAGGGCCAGGUCACCGAUCCCCGGGGGAUUCCCCUGCCCCCUCAGUGAUCCUUCCUAUUUCCUCCUACUACUCUCAUAAGUGUGGGAGUGGGAGUGGGACCUCUGAGGAAAACAGCUCAGGUUUUAUUGCCGACCGGGAAUAGACAACCUCAAUGCUGAACCGCACUGGAGAAAAGGGGCGAGGUACCCCGCUGAGGUGUGUGGGCUGACUGGAGGUCCUGGAUCCCCCUGCUGCUCCCAGGAAUUGGGCUCCUGACACAGCAGUCUGCCGCCACAGCCCCAGGAGGGAGUCAACACCAGCAAAUGCUGUAUUUGCAGCAUGCCCAAGAUGACCCUGUUCCUGAACCUCUACCUAGUCACUGGUAGAAAGGAGACAUGGUAAUAGCAGCAACGCUCUAGCUCUAGGCAUGGUGAGCGCCUGGGACCAAGCCAUGUGGCUUUUUUUUUUUUUUUUUUUUUUAACUUUGCCUUCCUGGAAGACUCAAGAUGUGUGUCUCUCUUCCCUCUCUCUCUCACUCUCAGUAUUUGUUUACUUUGGGUUUUUGUUUUUAAUCUCAAGAGAGAGGUGUGUUUAAUGGAUACAAGCUGUAGUUUUCAGCAAAACUUUGUCAAUUGGCACUGUUUACAAGUCUGUUAGCUGCAUAAGCUCAAUAAAAAGUUGGUCUGGGCAUUGCA